GUGGGGGUUGGGUCUCUCGUGAGAUCAACUUUUCUGCGGACUGACGCGUGCAGUCGAUAGUCGAGAUCGUUUCUUCAAUGUGCGUUGUACAGACGGAUUGUACUGACAUUGUAAUUUAAAGUAGCUCGCUUUGUAACAGAUUAUUAUAAUUAUUUAUCUUUUAAAAUUUAUUUCGAGAAAAAAUUACGUCCAUAAAAAAAGACAAUACUGAAGUGAGUAAGCAAUAGUUUUAAUUGAGGCAACAGAUUGAAAGUCCUCUGGUCAUCAACUGAGGGCUGGCACCCGCAAAUACCCUACGUCCAUUGGCUUAAUCAAGGAGGCACCCCUGAUUUACUUGGGGUGCACAUCUACUCCACGGAGCAAACAGUGAGACAGAGACUUCCAGUAGAUCAACGAUUCUUCUCAAAGAAAAAUUAAUUGCACUUAUACAACACCUGCAGUGAAUCAAGUAAUAAUCGUGUUAUGUGAAAAGUGAUGCAGUUAGUAAUAGUUAAAUAAAUUUUUGUGACAAUCAUCAAUUUUUAGAUGUUCUAAAUGCCAUCCGCCGAUUUGUUCACUAUCAAAAUUCCGAAAUGUGUUUUAAAUUUGUAGAAACAAAUAUUAACUUUUUAGUGCAGUACUGUAUAUGAAGCAGGAGCUUCGAUGACACUUAACAAUGUUGAUUCGAAAUUUAAAACACUUGUGAGUGCUGUUUGGUGAGCGGUGAAAUUAUACUAAGCGAGUAAAAAAUCUCAAGUUUGUGACGAGUUGAUGAACAUGAGACUUUGGCUGGUACUCAGCGCACUCGCGGUAACGAUGCCCACGUUACCAGCUGAGAUCAGUAGAAAUAAAAACAGGGGUCGAGGAUCUAUGUGGUGGGGUAUUGCGAAAGCUGGAGAACCAAACAAUCUUUUACCAAUGUCUCCAACAUCUCUACAUAUUGAGCCAGCAGUUUAUGCAACACUCAGAAGAAAGCAGAGAAGACUUGCGAGAGAAAAUCCCGGGGUUCUAAGCGCCGUAAAGAGGGGUGCUAAGCAGGCUAUCUUAGAAUGUCAGCAUCAGUUUCGUAACCGUCGGUGGAAUUGUUCAACUAAGAAUUUUCUUAGGGGAAAAAAUCUCUUUGGCAAAAUCGUCGAUCGAGGAUGUCGAGAGACAGCUUUUAUUUAUGCUAUCACUAGUGCUGCAGUAACACACAGUAUUGCAAGAGCAUGUAGUGAGGGAAGCAUUCAAUCUUGUUCUUGUGAUUAUACUCACCAAUCAAGAGCUCCUUCCACUAUUCGAGACUGGGAAUGGGGAGGAUGCUCCGACAAUAUUGGUUAUGGAUUUAAAUUCUCGAGAGAAUUUGUUGAUACCGGUGAACGAGGACGAAAUUUGCGAGAGAAAAUGAAUCUGCAUAAUAAUGAAGCUGGUAGAGCCCAUGUUUCAGCAGGAAUGCAUCAAGAGUGCAAAUGUCAUGGUAUGUCUGGUUCCUGCACAGUGAAGACAUGUUGGAUGAGGUUACCAAACUUCAGGGUAGUAGGUGAUAAUCUCAAAGAUCGCUUUGAUGGUGCGUCCAGAGUGAUGAUUAGUAAUUCCGACAGAUUGCGUGAUAACAGCAACGCGAUAAUGAGCAAUUCAGCCAGUAAUUUAGUUCAUGGGCACAGAGACGGUUUGGGCAGAAAGCAUAGGUACAAUUUUCAAUUAAAACCAUAUAAUCCCGAACACAAGCCUCCGGGGCAAAAGGACUUGGUAUACCUUGAAUCAUCACCACCGUUUUGUGAAAAGAAUUCUAAACUGGGUAUUCUCGGUACUCAUGGAAGGCAGUGUAAUGACACUAGCAUAGGUGUUGACGGUUGUGACCUCAUGUGUUGUGGCAGAGGGUAUAAAUCGCAAGAAAUUAUUGUUAUUGAGAGAUGUAAUUGCGUAUUUCAUUGGUGCUGUGAAGUUAAAUGCGACGUUUGCGCGAUAAAGAAAAUGGUACAUACUUGUUUAUGAAGUUAGAUUGUGUCAUCGGUGUCUCUUUUAAUUUCUGAUGACAAAAAAGAGGAAAAAAUAAAAACAAAAUAUUUAUACAGCCAAGUCAAUGUAGAGAUAAAUUGUAUUGCUUCAUAGUUUAUAAAGCAGACGAGAUUAACCGGUUAAAUCGGUUUCGAGAUUAUUAUUAUUAUUAUUAUUAUUAUUAUUAUUUUAUUGUACAACUUGAGUCAAAAGUGUAAUGACACAUAGAGUAUACGGAGAAGAGUUUUUAUUCUUGUUAAACUCAGGCUCCAACAAUGCCCAGUAUUAUACGAAAUAAAUAAUUAUUUAUUGCGAUGUUUGUAGACGUGUACUAAAGACUGAAAGGGAAAGCAUUUUAUACUUUACUUUAAGCACUAAUUGUCUCGAAAAGCUAAUUUUCGAGUUGCCAUUGUACAUACGAUUGUUAAUAUCUUAUUAUAGUUUCGCAUUUCGCAUAUUUUAAGAAACUUCAAGUUUAUAAUGUGUCCUACUGCGAUAUGCGAACCAAAAGGAUACUUUCGAAUUAAUUUAUUUAAUACAUACUCAAGAAGUAAAAAAACUAAGUAGUUACGUAAGUGCAAAAUUGUAAAUAGUGAUGUUAUAAAUGAUUAAAACUGUAUAAACGUAAUAUUCUCCGUGCCAGUUGGCUUUGUAAAUAUAUUUAAUAUACGCAAAAUAAAAAAGCAAUUCAUUAUUUCUUAAA